GGGCAGUAGACGCGCUAGCCGCGAGUCCGCGGACUUUGGAUCUAACUCGAGUGGGAAAGCCCACAUAAAGUAGAGCUCGCUCCAGACUCCGUUGAUCCACGCAUCUUGGGCGGGGGAGUAUGCGGACUGCAAGCAAUCUCGAAAUCGGAGUGUCCAUUUCUUUUUUUCCAUAGUCGCAUCUUUAGAUAUUUGAAGACAGUUGCGUCAGAUAAGGAAGGCGAUUCCUUGAUCUCCCGCCAUGUCGUCCACCACGAAAGCCUCCCGAUUAGGGGAAGAGAUCUGGAAGACGAAGGUGGACAAGGUUAAUGCCGAACUCGUGACCUUGACCUAUGGCACUAUUGUUUCCCAGCUGUGCCAGGACUACGAUAGUGACUACCAACAAGUCAACAAGCAAUUGGAAAAGAUGGGCUACAGCAUUGGCAUGCGGCUGAUCGAGGACUUUCUGGCCAAGUCCAACAUGGGCCGAUGCGCCAACUUCCGCGAGACUGCAGACACGAUCGCAAAGGUCGGAUUCAAGAUCUUCCUCAACAUCACGCCCAACGUGACGAAUUGGACAAGCGACAACAAGCAGUUCUCCCUCGUAUUUGAUGAGAAUCCGCUGGCGGACUUUGUCGAAUUGCCGGACGAUGGACGAGCUCAGGACGAGCUCUGGUUCUCGAAUAUCUUGUGCGGGGUGCUGCGCGGAGCCCUCGAGAUGGUCCAAAUGCAAGUGGAAGCCCAUUUUGUGAGUGAUGUGUUGCGAGGGGAUGACACGACGGAGAUGCGGGUAUCGCUGGUGCGCUACAUUGAAGACGAGAUGCCGCCCGAUGAUGAGUGAUAUUGACCGCAUGUGCGAAAUGAAUUGUGGCACCCGGAUGAUCAAGGCGUUAGGCGUUGUCCAUAGGCAGCAUUAGAUAUUCUAUCAUAACCGUCCCUGCUGUUCUUCGUGUCUUGCAUGGAGCUGCUUUCCGUCCCGGAUGUAUCUAAUUCCUCUAUACUUCGGGAAGAAGUCGGAAGAGCCGCGAUAUAAAUUAUUCUACUGCUUUUGUAGCCGGGGCCGCCGCAGCGGUUACCUUUCCCAGACCCGACGGAACCCGGGCGCAAGUAUGCUGGGUAACGAUCAGGCCGUGG